UCAACAAGGAGCUCAACAAGUCCAUUCAGGGGCCCUUGACAGGUAGGGAUAUCCCGAGGCCCAUGCUGUUGAGUGCACCUGUUGCAAUGUCAGGAACCUUUCCUGUCUGUGGUCGUACACAGUCUUUGUUCUACACACCUCCUCCUGCACCCGAAAUCAGAAGUGAAAUUGUUUAUUGUGCGAGCAUGACAUCUGAGCAAAAUGAUUAUGAGCUCUGUAGACCAAUGGCUUACAAGGAUGUGUACAAUCUAGACUUUGAAGAGAACGGUCUUGUGCAACUGAUUUCCCUCCAAAACGCAAAUGGUUCCUGGCAUCUGAAUGAAGAUCUGGCAAAGGCCCUAGGGAUGAGUUUGGAAGACAUGAAUGUUGCUUGUCCUGAUGAGUGUAUGGAUUCUUCAGACUGGGCCACUAUCCUGGCCGUGCUCUGGCUGCAUUCCAAUGGCAAGGACUUCAGGUGUGAGUGGGAGCUUCUGGAAAGGAAGGCUGUGGCCUGGAUUUGCACCCAUGCAGGUGCUGCCAUGCCUGGGCUCGUGAAAGCUGCUGAUGCUUUCCUGAAGUCAUCCAUGGAUCUGGCCAUCUUUUCACUCUGAAGAUCCCACCAGAAG